UUUGAUUCACAACCGCUUGCGUAAAUUUUGUAACUGAUUCUUGACUAGCUGUCGCUUCUGUUCUAACGUAGCGCUCUGUUCUUUGUAGCUGGGUGGGAUUUUAUCGUUGAGCUGCAGCCUGGGUGGUGUGCUGUUAAUUACUCUGCAGACAUGGCGAAACGCAGAAUAACACAGGAGACGUUUGACUCGGCGGUGAGGGAGAACAUCGAGGAGUUCGACAUGGAGGAGAGUGAAGCUCUGAAGGAAGCAAUCGAGCAGUUUGAGUCUCAGGGUGUGGACCUGAGUAAUAUUGUCAAAGCAGUACCGAAAGGAUCUUCUGAAGAGCCAACAGAUGAUCAAACUCAUGAAGUCCUCCAGGCUCUGCAGUCUCUCACAAGUGCAUUAGAGUCCUUGUCUUCGCCUACGUCCAUGUUAGAGAGUUUAAAGCUCUUUACAGAGCAGUGCUCCCUAGGCUUUGCUCACCGAUACCUGGCAGCCCAGAAAGACGCCUAUCCAACGCUUCUGUCCUGCUGCCAGGCUGCUGGUGACGACAAUGAAGUGCUGUCUGCGGCUCUAACUGCUCUUUCUGCGCUCACUGAUGGUCAGCCCGAUCUUUUGGACUCUGACGGUCGGCACUUUUUGAUGGACACCUUACGCAGCCACCUGGAGGAUCCGUCACUGACCUGCGUCGGGGUCCGGACGGUGCGUCACUGCUGCCUGAAGCACGAGCAGAACAGACAGGACCUGGUGAAAGCCGGGGUGCUUAACUUACUCACCAGAGCCAUAUUGCGUCAUGUUGAGCGGCCCGAGGUGGUGAAAGAGGCCUGCGUCGCUCUUAGAGUUAUGACCUUCGAUGACGACGUGCGGGUUCCUUUUGGCCAUGCGCACGAGCACGCCAAGAUGAUCGUGUUGGAGCACAAUGGACUGAAGGUCAUCGUAGAAGCUGCUACAGCGCAUCCUAAGAACAUUCCGGUCCUUAGCGAGCUGUGUGCCACCCUGUCCCGCCUGGCCGUGAGGAAUGAGUUCUGCCAAGACAUUGUGGAUUUGGGAGGACUAAAGUUUAUGAUGUCUCUGCUAGCGGACAGCUUGGACUGUCAGGACCUUGUAAAGCAAGUGUUGAGUGCGCUAAGGGCGAUUGCUGGAAACGAUGACGUCAAGGACGCCAUCGUGAACGCGGGAGGGACGGAGCUUAUUGUCAUUGCGAUAAACCGGCACUUAAGUAAUGCACAGGUGUGUGAACAGGGCUGUGCUGCUCUCUGUGUCCUCGCUCUGCGCAAACCCAAUAACUGCAAAGUCAUCAUGGAGAGUGGAGGAGCUCUGGCGGCCCUGCAGGCCAUGAAGACACAUCCGGAGGAAGUUAACGUCCAGAAACAAUCAUGCAUGCUGCUCAGAAACCUAGUGUCACGAAGCCGCGAUUACACCCAGCCCAUUUUGGAGAUGGGGGCCGAGGAGCUGAUCGGUCACGCCCUGACGUCGCACAGGGACUGUGGUGACGUGGCGAAAGCUGCUCUCAGAGACCUGGGCUGUCAGGUGGAGCUGAGAGAACUGUGGACUGGCAAGAAAGGAAGCCUGACUAAUUAAAAGACCAAAACCUGUGGAAGAGAGACUGGUCAAUAAUGAUUUUGCUACUGGGUAUUAAACACGUGUUCUACUGUGUGUGUGUUGAAUCCAAAUCUGAAGUCAGAUUUCCUCCAUAACGUCAAGAUUUUAAGUUAUACACAAAGCAUAUUUAAGUUAAAUACAAAGCAUAUGUAUUAUAUUACAUUACAUAAUAACAUUCAUUGCAUUCGUUCGUAAGUCUCUUUCAUGCCUACUGCUAAACUGAAAGAAGAAGGAAUUUUUAUUCCGCCAAAAAAACUCAACCCAUUGCUGCUUGGGAUGCAUUUGUUUUAAAUAGUGAAUCCUACAAACUUGGCUGUGUAAUGUCAGGUUCAAGACCAAACCUGGGCGAUAUAAGUGAUAAACAUGGAGAGAAAUUCCAUCAAGAGAACAAUAUAUCAAGGUCACUUUAACACCAACAUGAUGGGUGACAAUUGCGGGUUACUGCAGGUGGUAGCUAUAGCCACUUACAAGCACUAAAGCAAGUGCUUAAAAUCACUUUUGACCAGAUAUACAUUUACCUUCAGGUGACUAAAACGAUUAAAUUUUUUUUCUUAUUAAUUAAAAUACUAUCACGCACUUUGGAAGCAGAAAGCAAUUUCGCACAAUUUAGUUUUACAUUUUGCGGGUGCAUAACUUAAAAUCCUGACAUAAUAGAUAAAAUUAAAUUUCAGAUUUGGAUUCCUCCUACCAGAAUUGGUGGAAAACACUUGAACUUUGUCCAGUAGCACAUUUUUUUAUUGUUACUUGUCUGUAAUAAUAAACGCGUUUCAGAGUGUUUCAGAAAUAUAGAAUUCCGCUUCCAUUCUUCAUACGUGAAUUUAUAUAUAUAUAUAUAUAUAUAUAUAUAUAAAUAUUAGACAUAAUCCUGGAUUUGUUUUCCCAAGACAAAUAUAAAGCUGUUGAAUUGUUCAUAUGCACAGUUUUUUUUUGUCAUACCAAUUUGCUAAAGCCUGUGAAUAAAAUAAAUGCCAUGUUAUAGCUACUUUAAAGAUUAAACAUGAUGAGCCUUGCAUUUCGUUAUGUUAAGGAGACUCAGUAAGCAGACUUAGCAGUCUGUUACAAAGACUAAACUACAUCUAGUAGUUUAGUUACAUUAGUUAUUUAUACAGAAAUCUAAAGAAAACAAAAAUGAAAAAAACGAAGUCAGUCGCACAAUGUUGAUGAAUAAUUUCGUUUCAUUUUAUCUAAUCGUUCGAUUGUCAUUGAUAAAGAUAGUCUCAUAAUUUGUCUGUCAUAAUGUGCAUUGCUAUCCAGUUCGGGUUUAAAAUGAUUGUUAAGCGAUUAGUAAAUCCAAAAUCCUAAUAUGUUCCUCGAAAAGAAUGUUUCUCGUUUUUUUUUUUUUGCUAAAGCACUGUUUACUUGAAAUGGAUUACUUGAAAUGUUAUGGUGUACAUAUUUGUUUUUAUUGUUGUGUUUUUAUUUAUCAGGUUUACUAAUCUGUAUUUGAAGGAAUACUCCUUUAAUUUUAACCUUUAAUUCUCCACUGACUCCACAGUAAGUUCAUUUUAUUGACUACCAAGGACAAUAGCUUUAACAUUUCCCUGUACUGAGAUUAAAAAGAAAAAACUAAAAACUUUACUUUUAACGUAAGUCUAAAUGCAAUUCUUUACAUUAAUCCUGGGCAUAAGUGUGCAUUGCUAAGAAAGGGCUUUCUUUGUGUGGCAGUGUACAACAGGAUCUGAGGUUUGUCACAUGAUGUGACAUAAAAACAACUGUAGUUUUCCACUGUUAAUGUAUUUAAUUAGCAUGAGAAAAGGUAAACAAUAAUAUUCCUGACAGUAAGAAGUCGAUGUUCAUGAGCUGAAAUGUAGAAUACAAGACUCAACAUCAUGAUCUCAGCUGACAAUUAA